AUGCAUGAACAUUUCUUCGUCCGGCGCUUCUGUACAAGAGCCCCCCAGAGGCAAGCCGCUGCCCUCCGUCCUCACACGAUGCCUCGCUACCCGAAUUUGACAGUGGGGGGCCUGUUGAGAUUCUGUGACUAUACUGGCACGGUCUCAUUCGCCAGCUCGGGUGCUCUGGUGGCAGGAGCGGCUGGAAUGGACAUCGUCGGAUGUAUUGCAGUGGGCACAAUAACCGCUAUAGGCGGCGGGACCAUCAGAGACGUUAUCCUGAGGCGCCAGCGAGCGUUUUGGCUGGACGAGCACGAAUACUUGUGGAUGUCGCUGGUAGCAGCGGCUUUGACCUACAGCCAGUAUCGUCGGCUCAGGUCCGAGUCUAGUCGCGAGGUGUUCUCGACCAUCCUAGACUGGACGGACCACAUUGGCGUUGCUGCGUUCUCUGUUAUUGGCAGCAUGAAUGCCAUCAGAGCGUUGGGUGGAGUCCGACUCGCCAUCGUGCCACACUGUGUCAUCGCGGGGGUCAUGACUGCUACGUUCGGGGGCGCGGUUCGCGAUGUUGUUACCGGCCGACCAGUGAGGAUCUUCCACAAUAAGCAGAGCUUGUACGCCGUAUCAUCAGCAGUUACAAGUCUCACCUACAUUCUGUUGAGCCUCUAUUCAACAGGACCUCUGGCAAUCACUACCAGCGAUCACGACGCUCACCAACUCUGCAGUGAGUUCUACGAUGCAAGCGAAGCUCGGACACGAAAGAAUCUGAAUGACCGAGGAUUAGAGCAUCACGAUUCUACCGAGAUGUUUAUAUUCACCAUCAACUUCGAUGAUGGCAAAUGA